CUAUUUGAUUCUAAUCUCGCCUUCCGUGUCUUGAGCCCUACCCCUAGACAUACCUACUCGAGGAAUCGGAGUUACCAGAGAUUCAUGGAACCAGAAGCGGAAGAGGAGCAACCCACAGCCACCGCAACCUCACUGUUUCCAGUCGCCUUCCGACCCUUGCCCGUCGCCACCGCCACCUCCAGCCACCUUCCUCCGCCUUCAUGGCUCAGCAACCCCAGCUUCACCGCCGACCCCGUUACUUCGCCACGCUACUCCCACCUCCCCCUUUCAGAAUCCGAAUCAGAAGAGUCGGAAGGACCAAAACCUAACGAUAACAAUAACAAUACCAAGCCUCGGUCGUACGAGUUACUGGAGACGGCGUCGUCUGACGGAGAGAGGGACGUGAAGAGAGACGACAAGAAGAAGAAGAAGAGGAAGAGGAGGAAGUUGAGUUCUUCUUCGUCUCGUAAUGUCAAGGCCUCGCGAUCGGCGUUCGAUUAUGACGUCACCUCCAGGAAGCCGAACGUUUCGUCUUGGGCUUCUUCUGAAUCGACCAAGAGUUAUUAUUUUGAUUCCGGUGGCGACCGCGACAACCUGGCAUUCGGUUGCCUCUACAGAAUGGAUGUUGCUCGCUACAAACUUUCCACUUCUAUGAAGUCAUAUGAGCUCAAUUCCGAAGAGUUCUAUCGGUGGAAUCAUAAGAGUUUGAUCUUUGAUGGAGAUAGUGAUAUUGAUGGGCUGGACAAGAAACUUAAAGCUGCUGGGCGCUACUGGUGUGGAAAGUAUUUGGCGAUUGAACGCCAUAAGAACUUGAAACGAAUUCGAAUUAGUGUGCCUAAAAAAUCCUCAGUAACAAUUUCUGGUGAGUUCAUUCCUUUACUGCAAGAUGAAAAUCCUGUACAGGUAGUUGAUGGUGGGUCACUUUCUAGAGCAUCUGUAGUUGAAGAGUCUUGGGAAGAUGAGGUUCUCCGGAAAACAAAGGAGUUCAACAAGAUGCUGAGGGAGCAUCCACAUGAUGAGAAAGUUUGGUUAGGGUUUUCGGAUUUCCAAGACAAGGUUGCAAGCAUGCAACCGCAGAAAGGUGCCCGUUUACAGACUCUUGAAAAGAAGAUUAGUAUACUGGAGAAAGCAACUGAGCUGAAUCCAGAAAAUGAAGAGCUGUUGCUAUGUCUUUUGAAUGCAUAUCGGAGCAGAGAUGGCACUGAUGUCUUCAUUGGUAGAUGGGAGAAGGUUCUCAUGCAGCAUUCUGGGAGUUACAAACUCUGGAAAGAGUUCCUGCGUGUUGUUCAAGGGGAGUUCUCCCAGUUCAAAGUUUCUGAAAUGAGAAAGAUUUAUGCAAAUGCGAUCCAAGCUUUAUCUGCUGCAUGCAGCAGGCAGUGUAGGCAGGUUCACCAAACAUCUAGUUCACCUUCUUUGGAUCUUGCUAUUGUCCAACAAGAACUUGGUCUGGUUGAUAUAUUUGUUGGGCUUUGUAGGUUUGAGUGGCAGGCUGGGUACCAAGAAUUAGCUACUGCUUUGUUUCAGGCACAGAUAGAAUAUGGCUUGUUCUGUCCUUCUUUACUUCUCACAGAGCAGAGUAAACAUAGGCUGUUUGAGCACUUCUGGAACAGUAAUGGUGCAAGAGUUGGGGAAGAUGGGGCUCUUGGCUGGGCAACAUGGCUAGAAAAAGAAGAGGAACAAAGGCAGAAGGUUUUAACUGAGGAGUCCUCUAACGAAAAUGAAAAGGGUGGGUGGACAGGUUGGUCCCAACCAUUAUCUAAAAGGAAUGAUAGUAGUUCAAUUCCAGAAAAUGUUAAGGAUGAUGAUGUGGCACUUGAGGAGCUUGAUGAGGAAUUUGAGACAAAAACUGCUGAGCAGGAAGAUGAUACUGAGGCUUUGUUGAAAAUGCUGGGCAUUGAUGCUAAUGCUGAUCCUAAUAGUGAGGUCAAAGACACUGCUACAUGGACUAGAUGGGCUGAGGAAGAGUUAUCAAGAGAUUCUGAUCAAUGGAUGCCUGUUCGUGCAAAAUCUGGGGGGAUUUCUCGCAAUGAUUCCACACCAGAUAGAGAGAGCGAUGAACAACUUUUGAGAGAGAUAAUAUUUGAAGAUGUCUCCGAAUACCUGUUCUCUAUAAGCUCAGAGGAAGCUCGUUUGUCUCUGAUGUUCCAGUUCAUUGACUUCUAUGGCGGAAGGAUAUCUAAAUGGACUUGUACAAACAGCUCAAGUUGGACUGAAAAUACUAUGUGCUUAGAAGCACUGACGGAUUCUCUAUUAGGGAAUUUGAGAAAGGUGCAUGAUGUUGUAAAGAAAACAGAAACGAGUCCAAGUAAUUUCAGUUUUGAGUUCCUCUUAGGCAGCUCCAAUGACAUCUCGAUGAGGACUGACAUGAUGAAAUUUCUCCGUAAUGCUACGUUACUUUCUUUAACUGCAUUUCCUCGUAACUACAUUUUGGAGGAAGCUGCUCUUGUAGCUGAAGAGCUAUUGAACACAAAAAUGGAUACUUGUAGCUUUUCAGUAACCCCAUGUCGAGCUUUAGCAAAGAGCCUAGUGAAAAGUAAUCGUCAGGACGUACUAUUAUGUGGAGUUUAUGCACGAAGAGAGGCUGCAUACGGGAAUGUUGAUCAUGCGAGAAAGGUUUUUGACAUGGCAUUGGCAUCCAUUGAAGGGCUUCCAUCGGACCUUCGAUCCACUGCAUCUCUUUUAUAUCUCUGGUACGCUGACAUGGAACUCGGUUAUAGUUCUAGUAGCGGUUCAGAGUCAUCACUGCGUGCAGUACAUAUUCUAUGUUGUUUUGGGAGUGGGGUUAAAUAUAGUCCAUUUAAAUGUCAAGCAUCAAGUCUUCAACAGCUGAGAGCACACCAAGGGUUCAAAGAACAAAUAAAAAUGCUAAGGCCGUCUUGGGCACGUGGUGUUAUUGAUGAUCAUUCUACUGCUCUCAUUUGUUCAGCUGCAUUAUUUGAAGAGUUGAUCACCGGAGGCAUUGCUGGUAUUGAAGUUCUAAAUCAGGCUUUUUGCAUGGUUCUUCCUGAAAGAAGAAGCCAAAACUAUCAACUUGAAUUUUUGUUCAACUAUUAUGUGAAGAUGCUUUGGAGACAUCGUGCCACACUGAAAGUGAAAAAAGUAUGGGAGUCAAUCGUACAAGGCUUGCAAAUAUACCCUUCCAAUGCGCAACUUUAUGAUGCUUUGGUUGAAAUAAGCUGCCUUCAUUCUACACCAAAUAAACUACGAUGGAUAUUUGAUGACUACUGUCAAAAGAACCCAUCUGUGAUCACCUUGCUCUUUGCAUUAUCAUUUGAGAUAAGUAGAGGAGGUUCACAUCAUAGAAUUCGUGGAUUAUUUGAACGGGGAUUUGAAAAUGAGAAGUUGCGCAGCUCCGUAUUACUUUGGCGAUGCUACAUUGCGUAUGAGGUUAAUGUUGCCUGCAACCCUUAUGCGGCUAGACGACUUUUCUUCCGAGCUAUCCAUGCAUGCCCACGGUCGAAAAAGCUAUGGCUUGAUGGUUUCCUCAGAUUACGCGGUAUCUUAAGUGCAAAAGAGCUAUCUGAUCUUCAAGAAGUAAUGCGGGAUAAGGAACUAAAUCUUAGGACAGAUAUAUACGAGAUCUUACUGCAAGACGAGAUCCAAUUGUAGUAAACAUGUGGCUGAGAUAGUGAGUACACAUCUGUUUGUUAGUCAACUGGUAGCAAAUGUGAUGGUUCUCUUUCACUUCCUCCAACAAACAGCACUUACCGAGCUUGAAGAGGGGGAUUAGGGCUGCAACUUUGGUAAACUCAAACGACCCGAGCCCAAACAUGUGGCUGGGAUUUGGUCAGCAGCAUCCGGGUUCAGAGUGUAAAUCUAUUGAAAUUCGUACUCUUCCUUCUUGUACUUCUCUUGAAGAGGUUGUCUUUUCGUUUUUGUCUUGGCCAUUGAUCUGGAUUUGUGUCUGCCUUGUUCGGUCAUUGAAUGGAUUGAGUUCGUAGAUAACCUUAUUCAGUCAGUCAUCAACAAGGAUUCUGACGAGUCAUGAGUGUCGUCAAAAACAGACAAACAUGCGUUGCUCGCCAUCAAACAGGACACUUCUAAAACUAAGAAAGCUGAGUCCGAAAAUGUUAGGAGUGGAAAAUAGUUUGUUAAAACAUCUGAAGUUUGAUUUUCUGACAGUUCUGUCUAGUAUACUGCUGUGUAAAUAUUUCCUUAUGGAAGGGGAUGCGAAAGGUAGACCAUAGUGGAAUUAGGAGGCGGUAGAUUGAUAGAAUUCAGGUUUUCUGAAUAUCUACGGGUUUUCUGAAUAUCUACGCUCUCGACGGAAGUCAACGAAGAAAGCUGAUCUAUAUAGCUGAUCCCAAUUGAUUUCGACUUGGAGGGUCGGUUUGGUUAUUUGGUAUUGUCUUCUCUGUUAGUGACAACGCCUCGGUCUCAGAAUAGAACGGUGAAGCUGGUGGCUUCUUAUUUUCUUGUUUCUGUGUUAUUUUUUCCUUUCCUCUAGAGGUUUCUGAAUUGUAAAUCAAGUGGUGACAUUGUGUAUAUACAAGUACAUCGAAGUUUUGAAAA